AUGACGAAGAACUACCCAAAAGUGAGCGAAGACUACAAGAAGGCUAUUGAGAAGUGCAGGAGGAAGCUUAGAGGCUUGAUCGCUGAGAAGCAUUGUGCACCUAUCAUGGUCCGCCUCGCAUGGCACUCUGCUGGAACAUUCGAUUGUGUCUCAAAGACUGGAGGUCCCUUUGGGACAAUGAGGUUUAAGGAUGAGCAAGGUUAUGAAGCCAACAGUGGUAUCCAUAUUGCUCUUGGGUUGUUGGAGCCCAUCAGGGUUCAGUUCCCUACCAUUUCCUUUGCUGAUUUCCAUCAGCUUGCUGGUGUUGUGGGUGUUGAAGUCACUGGUGGACCUGAAAUUCCUUUCCACCCUGGAAGAGAGGACAAGCCCCAGCCACCUCCAGACGGUCGUCUUCCUGAUGCUACAAAGGGUUGUAACCACUUGAGAGACGUCUUUUCAAAGCAGAUGGGUUUAUCUGACCAUGACAUUGUCGCUUUAUCUGGUGCCCACACUCUGGGGAAAUGUCACAAGGAUAGGUCUGGCUUCGAAGGUCCUUGGACUUCAAACCCUCUUAUUUUCGACAACUCUUACUUCAAGGAACUCUUGACUGGUGAGAAGGAAGGUCUUAUUCAACUUGUGUCUGACAAGGCACUAUUGGAAGAUCCCACAUUCCGUUCACUGGUUGAGAAAUACGCAGCUGAUGAAGAUGCCUUUUUCGCUGAUUACGCUGAGGCUCACUUGAAGCUUUCUGAGCUAGGGUUUGCUGAUGCUUGA